AUGCUAUUUCCCUUUCUUGCUUCCUUUCCUGUUUUCCUCUUUCUUUCAUUUUCUUUCUUCCUUUUCUUUUUUCUUCCUUUUCUUUUUCUUGAACUCCGUAAUUCUUUCUUUCUUUCUUUCUUUCUUUCUUUCUUUUUUCUUUCUUUCUUUAUGCAAUUUCCCUUUCUUGUCUCCUUUCCUGUUUUCCUCUUUCUUUCAUUUUCUUUCUUCCUUUUAUUUUUCUUGAAUUCCGUAAUUCUUUUUCUUUCUUUCUUUUCUUUCUUUCUUUCUUUCUUUCUUUCUUUCUUUCUUUCUUUAUCCAAUUUCACUUUCUUGCUUCCUUUCCUGUUUUCUUCUUUCUUUCAUUUUCUUUCUUUCUUUUCUUUUUUCUUCCUUUUAUUUUUCUUGAAUUCCGCAAUUCUUUCUUUCUUUAUUUCUUUCUUUUUCUUCGUUGCAUUUUUCUUGAAUUCCCAUAUUUCGCGUUUUUUCUUUGUUUUCACUUCUUCGUCUGUUCGUUUAUUUUAUUGUAUUGUGACAGUUUCUCAUCUAAUUACCUUUUCUCGUUAUCGGGAUGAUUAUCUCUUUUCUUGA